AAAUCGAAAUCAGUCACUUAAAAACCCUAAAUCAUGGCGAUCGCACCGGCAAUGCAGACGACGUUCGUGUCAUCGACCAACUUCCUGAAACAUUCUUCGUCGUGGGGAUCAUCAUCAUCACCGAACAAUGUGAUUCUUCCCAAAAACAAGAGAUCGUCUUCCUCCGUCGUUGUCGCCGCCGUCGGUGAUGUCUCUUCCGACGGAACAAUCUACUUAAUCGGCGGAGCCAUCGCCGUUGCACUCGUCGGAACUGCAUUUCCGAUCCUCUUCAAACGCAAAGACACGUGUCCGGAAUGUGACGGAGCAGGAUUUGUGAGGAAAGGAGGAGUGACUCUGAGAGCGAAUGCCGCACGCAAGGAUCUUCCUCAGAUCGUUUGUGCUAACUGCAAUGGACUGGGAAAGCUUAACCAGAUUGAUAAAUCAUAAGAGUCUUCAUAUUUAUGUAAAAGCUCCAUUUUUUUAUUCCUCUUCUUCUCUACAAUAUACCUCUGCAAGAGAAGAUAGCUUGGAAUGAUCAAUGGUUGCUUGGAGAUGGAUGGAUAUAUAUACAAUUGUUUUUUUUUAUUGUAAGUUUAUUUGCUUUCGUGUUCUGUAAGAAAUUAUCUUGAGUAUU